CUCCUUUCCUCCACUUCUCCCUCGACCAGUUACUCUCUCUUCUUCUCCUCCUCUCCUCCCACGCCCAGUCACUAUCUCCUCCUCUUUCCUCUCGCCUAGUCAAUCUCCUCCUCCCUUGCCCAGUCACUAUCUCCUCCUCUCUCCCCUCGCCUAGUCACUAUCCCCUCUUCUCUCCCCUCGCCUAGUCACUCUCUCCUGGGCCACCGCUCCAGGACUGCUCUCCCUCUUCUCUGGUGCUAAGGUCGUUUUUGGUCCCUUUUUGGUACUUUUUGGGUCCUGUUCCAGUUGGAUCUUUCAGUCAUCAUGAUACCCUCUCCGCCAUUGUUCCUGUUGCUGCUCGGCCUCAUGGGAGCGCAUGCCACCGCUCCCGUGUCCGUGGACCUCCGCACCGCUGCCGCCAUGGCGGCAGGUCUGUGUAACACUCGCCCCACAGACCUUGUGUUCAUCGUGGACAGCAGUAGGAGUGUGCGUCCGUCAGAGUUCGAGCAGGUCAAGGUGUUCCUGGCCAAGGUCAUCGAGGGACUGGAUGUUGGACCUGACGCCACACGGGUCGGAGUGGUCAACUAUGCCAGCCGCGUCAAGAAUGAGCUGUCUCUGAAGACCCAUAAAACCAAGGCAGGUCUGGUAAAGGCUGUGACUAAGAUCGAGCCCCUGUCCACUGGCACCAUGACUGGCCUUGCUAUCCAGUUCGCCCUCAACGUAGCUUUCAGCGAGGCUGAGGGCGCCCGCGUCAAGUCCCCAGACAUCAGCAAGGUGGCCAUCAUUGUGACAGACGGUCGUCCCCAGGACAACGUAAAGGAUGUGGCGGCGCGUGCCCGGGAUGCGGGUAUCGAGCUAUACGCCAUUGGCGUAGGGCGUGUAGACCUGAAUACGCUGAAGCAGAUUGCCAGCGAGCAGCUGGACGACCACGUGGACUACGUAGAGAGCUACUCAGUCAUCGAGAAACUCACCAAGAAGUUCCAGGAGGCUUUCUGUGUGGCGGACCUGUGUGCCACUGGAGAUCAUGACUGUCAGCAGGUAUGCAUCAGCGCACCAGGGUCAUUCAAGUGUGCCUGCAAGGAGGGCUUCAGUCUACUGGAGGAUGGCAAAAGCUGCAGCGCCUGCAGUAAUGCCGCCACAGACGUGGUGUUCCUGAUCGAUGGUUCUAAGAGUGUGCGUCCAGAGAACUUUGAGCUGGUCAAGAAGUGGAUCAACCAGAUCGUAGACAAACUGGAUGUCUCCGAGACCAAGGCUCAUGUUGGACUGGUCCAGUACUCCAGCUCUGUCAAACAGGAGUUCCCACUGGGACGUUACAACAACAAGAAGGACCUAAAGGACGCAGUGAAGAAGAUGGCCUACAUGGAGAGGGGGACCAUGACAGGACAGGCCCUGCGCUACCUGACCGACAGCAGCUUUGCACCAGCCGGUGGGGCACGGCCCGGGGUCGCCAAGGUCGGCAUUGUGUUCACCGAUGGACGCAGCCAAGACUACAUCGGAGACGCCGCCAAGAAGGCCAAGGAGCAAGGUUUUAGGAUGUAUGCUGUGGGUGUGGGUAAUGCUGUAGAGGAUGAGUUGAGGGAGAUAGCAUCACAGCCAACAGGAGAACACUACUUUUACACUGCAGACUUCAAAGCCAUGACAGCCAUCGCUAAGAAGCUGCAGAUCAACAUCUGUCAAGAGGAGGACCCAUGUGAAUGUGACUCUGUCGUUAAGUUCCAGAAAAAAGUAGAAGAAGCCUUACAGGCACUAACGAAAAAACAUAUCCUUUACAAGAGUGUGAGAGUACGGUAA